AUGACACGUCUGGGACGAUGGCUCCACCUGCGGUCGGUGAGGGACGCGAGAGAAAAAAAAUACGUGCACUCGCGAGGCAUUCGCCCAUCCUCGCUCUCCACGUCCACGAUCCUGCCGAUCCCGUUCCUCGGGGACAACUACACCUACCUGCUCAUAGACCACGCCACGCGGGAGGCGGCGGCGAUCGACCCGGCGGACCCGUACGCGGUGCACGAGCUGGCGACGCAGCUGCGGGUAGACCUCGUGGCCAUCUUGACCACGCAUAAGCACCACGAUCACGCGGGGGGCAACUUGAAGCUGCAGAAACUGCGCGGCGGGCGGCUGAGGGUGUACGGACACGCGCGAGAUAGGAUCCCGGGCGUGACGCGCGGGUGCGUGGUGAAGCCCGGGGACGUGCUGAGGGUGGGCGAGACGGAGGUGGGCGUGAUCCACGUCCCGUGCCACACCGACGGGCACGUGGUGUACUGCGUGAUGGGCGCCGAGGCUGACGCGGUGUUCACCGGGGACGCGAUCAUCAACGGCGGCGUCGGCGCUUUUUUCCACGGCGACGCCAAGGAUUGCUACGACAAUCUUCACGUGCGCUUGAAGCGCGUGCCGGACGCGGCGCUGGUGUUCAGCGGGCACGAGUACAUGCUCAUGAACCUGCGGUUCUCGCACUGGCUCGACGAGAGCGACGAGAACGUGGCGACCGCGUUGAGGGAAGUCGCGACGCGGCGCCACCACUCGUUCACGACGCAGCCGAGCUCGAUGGCGGUGGAGAGGAGGGUGAACCCGUUCUUCCGGGUCAAGGAGCGCGCGUUUCUCGGCAAGAUCGAGGAGCUGUACGUCGCGAUGCGUCGCAGCGCGCGAAAGAAGUGGUACCGGCGGUACGUGCCCGAUUGGCUCGAUAGGUCGGCGUUCAUCGCCGCCGUCGAGGGCCCCGAUAGGAGAGACGCGGAGAUGGGGAAGCUGGCGAGGAAAAUCGGUGGAACGGGUCCGGACUUUGCGGACAUAAGCCGCGACCCGGACGAGCCGAGCGCGAUCGAGUGCGUGAAGGGGAUCAAGACGUGCCAGGAGCUGAUUCAGUACCGGCACGCGAUCGAUCAGGCGACGGCCGGGGAAGGCGGCGCCGAGGUGGACGAAGACGAGAGUCCGGCGGCGGAAGCGCCCGAGCCCGGGCCGGUGCGAGUCGACGCGUAG